AUGACUGAUGAGCAGACGAAUCGAGAGAAGAAUAUCAAAAGGAAACAGCUCGUCAAAUUUGUCAAGCACGUUCUCGAAAAGGGUCCUUCCGGCUUACAAAAAGAGUUUUCUUCCAUGAAGCGAUUCAACGAUUUCGAGAAAAUGAAGGCAUUCAAACAAGCUCAGGAACGUGGCAAAAAUCGAUACAAAGAUGUGGGAUGUCUGGAUAAUAAUCGUGUGAAGCUUGCACCUCCAUGGCCAUACGACUACAUUCAUGGGAACUAUGUGGCAACUCCAAACAAUGCUAAACGAUUCAUUUGUACACAGGCACCACUAGAAAAGACUUGCGCAGAUUUUUGGUUCAUGUGUUUGCAGGACAAGGUUGAAGCGAUUUUUAUGCUGUGCAACCUGAUGGAGAAAGGUGCCAAAAAGUGUUUUGAGUACUAUCCAUCCAAGGAUAAAACGUUGGAAUUUGAAGAGAAGGGACACAAGAUUACGAUGAAAUUCUCGAAGAGCGAGGCAAAGGUGAUGGAGACUGUACUGACAGUUGAGGGUCAAGGAGCAACACUAAAAACCACUCACUAUCAUUGGGUUGAUUGGCCGGAUCGUGGAGUUCCUGCGGCUGAUAUGGCACUUUGUGAAUUGCUAGCGAAAGCAAGAUUAUCAAAGGCACCGAUCGUAGUCCAUUGCUCUGCUGGAAUCGGUCGAACCGGGUCUGUAGUAAUGAUUGAGUACAUGAUGGAUCAACUGUUAUCCGGGCAGGUUAUCGAGGACAGUGAUAAGAUUCUACAGAAGAUUCGAGAACAACGAAAUAACUCUAUCCAAACCGAGCACCAGUAUCUCUUCGUUCAUCAAGUCAUGAUGAACUACUUUAUGGAGAAGAAAAUGUUCGAUGAAAAUGCGAAACUGGCACAUUUGGAUUUCACGGAGAAGUAUCACAAAGCUGUUCAUUAG